AUGAAAAGGAAGGUGUUGUUGGGACAAUACUUGAUAUGGGUGAUGUUACUUUUGGGGAAGCUACACGGAUACAAAAGCUGUAUCCAGAAAGAAAGGAAGGCUUUAUUGGAGCUCAAGAAAUACAUAAUCUCAAUUACUGAAGAAGAUCAAACCGAUUGUGUUCUCCUUACUUGGACCAAUGAUUCAAAAAUUGAUUGCUGCCGGUGGGAGGGACUUAAGUGCAAUCGUACAAGCGGGCGGGUGAUGGAGAUUGUCUUUGGUGGACUGUACCUCAAAGAGAGCUCUCUCCUAAAUCUUUCUUUGCUGCAUCCUUUUGAAGAACUUCAACUUCUGGAUUCAACUGACUACGAAGACAAAGGGUUUAGUGGCUUGUUUGAUGAUGUCGAAGGGUAG